GUGUAUUUUUGAUAAAUUUGGGGAAAAUGACAGCGAGGUACGAUAGAGCUAUCACGGUAUUUUCACCGGAUGGACAUUUGCUUCAAGUCGAAUAUGCCCAAGAAGCCGUAAGGAAAGGUUCUUCUGCGGUCGGUGUUCGUGGUAAAGACAUCGUUGUUUUAGGAGUUGAGAAAAAAUCUAUUGCAAAACUACAAGAAGAACGAACAGUUCGUAAAAUAUGUCUGCUAGAUGAACAUGUUGUAAUGGCAUUUGCAGGCUUGACAGCAGAUGCAAGAGUGUUAAUUAAUCAAGCACAAGUAGAGUGCCAGAGUCAUAGAUUAACCGUAGAAGAUCCUGUUACAUUAGAAUACAUAACUAGAUACAUUGCAGGGUUGAAACAAAAAUACACACAAAGCAAUGGUAGAAGACCUUUUGGAAUAUCAUGCCUUCUAGCUGGAUUUGAUUAUGAUGGUAUUCCACAUUUGUAUCAGACAGAGCCUUCUGGCAUUUAUUACGAGUGGAAGGCAAACGCGACAGGUCGGAAUGCCAAGACAGUUCAUGAAUUUUUACAAAAAUAUUACACACCGGAAGAAGUGUCAACAGAGAAAGGAAUUAUAAAACUAGCGAUUAGAGCCCUAUUGGAAGUAGUACAAUCAGGACGAAAAAAUUUAGAAAUCGCGGUAAUGCGUCGCGGUCAAUCGUUACAGAUGCUAGAUUCCGAUACGAUUGGGGAAUAUGUCAUAGAAAUUGAAAAAGAAAAAGAAGCAGAAGCUGAAAAGAAGAAGCAAAAGAAGUGAUGUCUUUAUACAAAGAUUCACGUUUAUUACACGUUCAUUAAUAUUUUACUUGAAAUAAAUAUACAACACA